UUUGUUGUAUUAUUAUUUGGUUGCAGCCAUUGUUGUAGCUGUAGUUAUUAGUAUUAUAACUAUUAUUAUGUAAUUUACGCCUUUAUACAUCUUUUUCAAGAAAUUGUAUGUUAAAUUUUUAUUUAACUAAAAUACUAAUCGAUAUUUUCACUUAUUAGAGCUCUUAAUCUUGCUUACAAUUGUUCAAUUGUCAAAAUUGCUUAUUUUUUUUCCUAUAAACUAAUCAAGCAAGUUGGUGCAAGUUGUUUGACCCAGCUAGAUAAGACAAGACGUUUACAAAACACAUCCUUCAUAUAAUUUCAGCUAACAUGCAAAUUUCAGGACAUAGAUAGCCAAAAUCAGCAAAUUCGUCUUUAUCAUUUUGGCUAACAGUCAAAAUUAUGAACAUCGAAAACUAAAACCCACAUAGAAUAUGCUGGUUGGAAAUAAUUUGGUGAUACUGAUAAGUCAUGUUAAUUUUUGUCUACAUAAUGAAUUUUGUGUAUAUAAAAAAUUGAAUGAUGACACCUAAUAUAUCCAUGAUCACCCAGUAAUAUUUGGAACAUAAUAUAAAUUCCUUUCUCACUUUGGGCGUAAGGUCCCAAAUGACUAUCUUUUUUUGAUUGAAACCUGUAUUACAAUCCUUGAUAACAAAACAUAUACUAGUAUAAAAUAAAGCAUUAUUUCUAUAAUUAUUAAUAAAGCCAAUAACUAAAAAACAAAAUAUUUUCCCAUGGCUAAUUUCCAUUGGUGUAAUUUCAUUGUUAAAUGCCACAAUUAAACAGCUGCAAACUCAUGCAACAUUUUCUUGUAAAAGUCCAUUGGUGUUCUCGUCGAUCCUAAAGGCCUGCAAAACUCCAUUUUCCCUUCACACAACAUUCCUAUAAAUACACACACAUAACAUUCCUCAAAUCCAACCACAUCCUUAAACUUUUUCAACAUUAUAAUUCAACAAAAUAAAAACAUGUCUCCCUCCACCUUAAAAGUUGUUCUUUCACUCAUCAUUUACACAUUUACCCUUGUGACCAUAACAAGGGCCGGCGACCCGGACAUACUAACCGACUUCAUAAGCCCAAUAACCGGCCCAAUCGACGCAAACUUCUUCACCUACACGGGCUUCCGCGUCCUCGUUGGACCACAAAACCCAAGCCCACCACCUUUCAAAGUACUAAAAGCAACCAUGACAGAAUUUCCAUCAUUGAAUGGACAAAGUGUGUCCUAUGCUUCUCUUCAAUUCCACCCUAAAAGCAUCAAUCCACCACACAUCCACCCUCGUUCAGCUGAACUACUCUUUCUUGUUCAAGGCUCACUUCAAGUUGGAUUCGUCGAUACAACUAAUAAACUCUUCACGCAAACUCUUUCGACCGGGGAUUUGUUUGUGUUUCCAAAGGGUCUUGUUCAUUUUCAACUUAAUGCUGAUGAUAAGGCUCCUGCUCUUGCUAUAUCAGCCUUUGGUAGUGCUAAUGCUGGCACUAUUUCACUUCCUAAUACGUUGUUUAAUACCUCUAUUAGUGAUAAUGUCUUGGCUUUGGCUUUUAAGACUGAUGUUCCCACCAUUCAAAACUUGAAGAAAGGUUUUUCUACCUAG